AUGCAUCGCGCUCUACUAGUCGACGAUAUCGUUCGCGCUAUCUUACAAAAUGUUACGUCGUCAGCGACAGACGUCAUAAACUUUGCAAGCACUUGCUCUGCGAUCUCUUCUCCCGCCCUCGAUACCCUCUGGUGCACACAGUCGAACUUGGGACCCCUCAUUAUGUGUCUGCCUCAAGACACCUGGAAAGUCGGAGAUGAUAAUCUCAUUCACUUUUCCCGCGAGCCGCUACCUACAGAAUGGCAGCGCGUCAGGAUGAACGCAUCAAGGAUACGCAAGCUCGUUGGCAACCUCAUUGGCCAUUCCAAGUGCCCCCCAACACCGCAUCGCCGCAUCCUACAACGACUUUUCGCCCAGUUUCCGCCCACUUCGCUCUUCCCCAACCUUAUCACAUUGGAUUUCGAAGUAGUGUUUGAUCUUGCGGAGUUUAGUUCAAACUUCUUGCUACUUCGCCAGUUCCUCUCGCCCAGAUUAGAAAUGCUGGCCUUUUCCGUACCGUUAGGCCUCCCGGCGCAUGAGGUAGGGCAAUUGGUUGAUGCCUUUCCGGUAGAAGCGUCCGGCCUGCGGCAAUUGGUGAUAUCUGCCGAUUACAGUGAUUCGCCUUGCCACAUCGACCUACCUCUCAACAAGUUGGCAAAGUUAAUUCUCCUGGACGUAAUCCGUGGUGUGUGCCUGACUGGGCAUAGCAUCGCUGAUAUCGGGCGCUUGCGUUCUCUACAAGUCCUGGCACUUACUUUGCAUGAAGGAUCCGGCGUUCUGCAGGACUCACGAUCGACGGAUACGCCAGUUGAAUUGAGCGCCCUCAACCGCCUCGGGCUCGUUGCUGAUCGCAUGCAACUUUGCACAUCCUUCCUUCUUCGCGUUAUCACCCCACACUUAUCAAGCAUUGGCAUCAAGUACACUAAAUAUGCUACACCGGCAGAAGUCGGAAACUAUAAUCGCCCCCUGUAUCAGGACCUCAACCUCUAUAGCCCACUUUCUUCCCACCUUUUCCGGCCCUUGCUUAAGUUUAGAGGGCUGAAGACUGCCAAGUUCAUAGGCAUAGGAAAAUACUGUCUUGAUGAUGCUUUCAUCGAGGAUGCUGCAGUUGCUUGGCCAGAUAUUCACGAUUUGCGGUUUGCCUCCAAGGAAACAGUCACAUCCACGGUCACCUUCGCCGCCGUGCUUUCAUUAGCCUCGCGAUGUAGAUCGCUGCGUGUCCUACAUUUAACUUUCGACGCCACCCAAAGGCCGGCACUCCCCCAUGGCAGGGAGAACGAAGACGCACCGGACGGAAACCAGCAUUUUUGGCUCAAGCAAACAGCUCUCCGAAACCUGCAGGUCGGACACUCGAAGGUGUCGACAGCGGCACUUCCCGCGUUCGUCCUGGCUGUGGUAUUUCCCAAUCUAGUUGAGAUCACCUCGUAUCAAACGCCCGGUGUUUCCCAUGAUCUUCAGUGGCAGAAAGUAGCAACAUCAUUUCGACAACUGGUGAACCUUUGGAAGAUCAAUUUACACAUGGCAGAAUCGCUGCCAAAAUUCGUACAGUCUAUGUUGGAGGAAGACUUGCCGUCAGGAUCAUUGGAGGUCUCCGUGUAGUAAACCCACUCAGGAUGUACUAUUAAUGUAAAAAAAGAUAUGGGUCCAAUUGCUGCCUCUCAG